CACACACACUCCAGUGACCUAAUGACUCACAACAGCAACUUUCAAGUAACAACACCCGACGCCUCCGUCAGUCAGAAGUGACGAAGACUCCAUGACUGAGAAUCUUCAUGUGUCAGGUCACAUGACUCCAGCUGUCCAUCCAAGAAUAACCCUUCAGGUGAUUGGCUGGAAGACUGGCACACAACCAUCUACAGUGUGUGUACUGAGCUUACACAGGAACCAGCUGCCAUGGUAUCCCAGCAUGCAUUUCACCCCGGCAGCUGAAGAAGGGAGCAGGUCGUACGACGGAUCAAAAGUUCACAGACGUGAACCUGGAGACGACGGGUGGGCUUCAUGUCCGUCUCUCAGAUCACCCCCACCCUCUUCCUCGGCAGCGCCGACGCCCCCCUCAACGCAGCGCUGAUAUCACAGAAGGGCAUCACCCUGAUUGUCAACGCCACGCUGAGCCACACCUGCCCCGCCUACCCUGGGGUGGAGUGUGUCCGGGUUCCUGUCUCUGACUUACCCAGCGCUCGCCUCGGUGACCACUUUGACCGGGUGGCAGACCGUAUCCAUGGCAACCGAGCUGGAGGAACCCUGGUGCACUGUGUUGCGGGUAUGAGCCGUUCUCCAGCGCUGGUGAUGGCGUACCUGAUGCGCUACAGGGGAGUGACGCUGUGCCAGGCGCACCGCUGGGUGCAGGAGAGUCGGCCCUGGGUCAGGUUGAAUACCGGAUUCUGGGACCAGCUCCUGCAUUACGAGAAGCGUCUCUACGGGAAAAACACCGUCAAAGUCGCCACAGUGGAUGAGAGGUCACUUCCUCCCCCCCUGACGGCGAGGACACAGAGGAUGACGAGGUCAACGCCACCGCAGCAGCAGAGGAACUGGUUAAUGCUGGUACCCAGGUCACUGAUGGCAGGGUCACCUGUGAUGUCACGAGGUCCGACACCAGGAAACAAUUCAAGAAGAAGAACGAAGUUCAGCAGCGUAAAAGUCUGAGCUGUGAGCGCCAUGGUAUCUGAAACAUCUUAGAAACAACAACUACCCACAAUGCAUCUCCUCCGCGGACGGGCUGGCGGAAGCUUCGAGUGGUCGAUGACUUGAACUGUGUUCGGGUUCAUGAGAAGAGUUCAUUGAACGCCGCCCUCUGGUGGUGCUAACACCAUUUUAACUUGACUGAUUUAAGUGUUUAUUUAUAAGUCUCAUAUUUUCUCUGUCAUCACGCCUUUAUUUCCCACAUCACCACACCUCACUGCUAGAAUGCUAACUCAUGCUGAAAGUAACGUACAUAUUACAGCCAUGUUGCUGUUGCCUAGCACCGGCAGGGCCGCAGUGAACAGGAAGUCUUUUGGUUUGUUGUAAAUGUUAAAUUCUCACAAUUAGUCCGGCGCCAUCUUGUUCUUUUCAAACCAGAAGUAGCCAUAUUAGGAGGAGGGGGGUGGAGCCCGACUGAUACCUCAAUGACACGCCCACUUGCCACCAGCACAUUGGACACUACCAGCUGUCAAUCACACUGUGGACCCCCCCAACACAUCCGGUGCUUUAUGGUCUGUUUGACUAUAUGAUCAUAAUUCACUAAAUGAUCAUCAGCUGUUUGAAGAAGACUUGAAACUAGAGACUGAGACAGAAACUCCUGAAUGUUUACUGACGUUAUAAAGUGAGAAGUCACUUUCUAUAGAAGCUACCAGUGGAGUCGCCCCCUGCUGGUCAGGACACAAGACAGGUUUCAGGGCACAUCUACAUUGCCUUCACUUCACAUUUUUAUAACCUUUAUUUUUCAGAAAGUUGACUUCUUCACACCGGCAGAAAAACAGUAAAACUGAGAAAUGUUAGUUUCUCCCAUUUGAUUAAAGAUUACAUUUUUCAAAAUGAAGAAAUUGUGUGUGUGUGAGAAUUUUCUCUUCUCCAACAUCUGGAUGAACAUCUGUCCAGAUGUGCUUCAUGUGUCAAGUAUUCAAAAAGUGAUGCAAGAUGUUUUCAAAGUAAAACAAUGUAUAGAGAAUCCAAGGUGUUCUUAAAUAAAAUACUUAAUAUAAAAGUC